AUGCUGAUCAAUCAUUUUUUUAAAUCCAACGAGUGCUUCAGCUAUGAAGCCCUUCGAGCUGCGGGGUACAGCAACUAUGGGGGAGCAGACUUCGGUGAAGUCAUAGCCAUCUGCUCCCGCAUUCGAGCAGGCAAUGAGGACGACUGGCUACAAGAAUGGAAAAGGGCAGCCGACCGAGCUGUUACGCAUGCCAAGCACUCGGCCUCGGUGAAGAACAACACAAGUGCCUACGAGGGAUAUCUGCGCGCGUCCAACUACUACCGCACCGCUGAGUUCUUCCGCCGCGACAACGUCGACAACGACGAGAUCGCACGGGAUUUGUAUAAAAGAUCUGAGAAUGCAUUCACUGAGGCUAUGGAGCUGUCCACGCUUGCCUACGAAUCGAUCAGCAUUCCCUACGAUGGCACUACACUUCCUGGGUAUUUCGUCAGUCCUGACAAAUCGAACAAGCCACGACGUACGAUCAUCUUCAAUGGUGGAUAUGACUCCACUAUGAGCGAGGGAUGGUUUGCAAUUGGAGGUGCAGCGCUUGCGAGAGGUUACAAUUUCCUCGCCUUCGAUGGUCCCGGACAGGGCGCAGCUGUGCGGCGACAACACCUGUACUUCCGCCCGGACUGGGAGAAUGUCUUAAUCCCUGUUGUCGACUACGCGUUAAUCCGCGCGGAUGUCGACCCCAAUGCUCUGGCACUCUUUGGAUGGAGCAUGGGUGGCUAUCUUGCAGCACGCGGGGCAACUCAAGAACAUCGACUGCAGGCUCUGAUUCUGGAUGACGGAGUCUACGAUUUCGGGUCCGCGUUUCGAGUUAACCAGCCGUGGUUUGUGCAAAGGCUCAUCGAGCUCAAGUAUGACUCGACCUGCGAUUUUAUUUUUCGCGGUGUUCAAUCUCUGUCGACGGGCGUUCGCUGGGCUUUGCGGAAUGGAAAAUGGACCUUUGGCGUGGCAUCUGAGGCGGAUCUCAUGCGUGCUGUCAACAGCUAUACUCUGGAGGGUCUAUGUGACAAGAUCACGACGCCUUGUCUGAUCCUUGACGCAGAAAACGAUCAUUUUCUCAAAGGUCAGCCCGAACUGUUGAGCCGCCAUCUUGAGCAUUGUGAGCAUGAACUUGUUAGUCUGCGGGCAGACGAAGGCGGGGACACGCAUUGUCAUCAAGGGAAUUUCUUUCGAUUACAUCAAGUUGUCUUUGACUUUUUGAAAAAGCGCCUGGCUUCUGGGGAAGACUCUUGA